UCGUCGCGCCUAUAACGAAAUGGAGCGCUGAGUAACAUUCGCUAGUCUUCGAUCUGUCCUCCAAUCAGCAAGCGGCUUUCAAAUCGGAAUCGCGCACGGGGACCUGCGAAUAACACAACGGACAACAGUAAAGCCAGUCUCCUUGUACCUUCCUUUGUUGAAAGCUGAUAAGUUCCUAAAAAACCAUUAAUGAAUUACUGUUAUUUUUCAUAUUUGUGACGCGAUGUUUUUCGGUGUACGUAUUUUCACAACAACCACGAGGUGCUCAUCAAUCGAUUAGCAACGACGAGGACGCUUGCAUUACUACUACAUUGAUAGCGUAGUGAGAGAUAACUUAUCUUACCACUUGUUUCUAGAGCACUUCAACUCUAGUAUUAUGUCAGGUAGCGGCAAAAGUGUAACCGGUGAGGUCAAGGUCAGUGCCAGUGUUAAAAUCAAGAGAAAUAACAUGGAUGAUAAUGAUGCGGCGGCAUUCGAGCUCAUGGCAGACGAAAUAAAGAUAGAAGAAGAAAAUGAACCGCUAUAUUCGAGUGAAACUAUAGAGCAGAAAGAUGACGACGAGGAAAUAGCUGCAGCACCUGUUAAUGCUGCGGACUCUGCUCAGCAGCUGCGGCAUCAGACUGAUAACGACGAUCCCUCGCCGCCGGACGAUGAACAGAUGAAUGUGGAGGUGGAAGACAUGGACGAGACGACCCAAGAAGCCGAAGUAUUAGGUAUUGAAAAGGACAGUGAUGUAGAAGACCCCGCCGGUCAGACCACUUUCAGAAUAGCUAAAGUAUACAGCGUAGCGAAGGAAGAAGGCGAAGAGAAACGAGAUGAAGAGAAGCAGGCAAGAGAAGUGAAAGCCGAUAGCGCCCGCGUUCCGGGUAAAAAAUCAGAGCCCAAAACUGAAGUCCAGACUAGCAAAACUGAAGAGAACAAGAAAAAUGCGAAGGAAGAGAAAAUUUUGAAGCCAAAAACAACCAUGGCUACCCUAGCGAAGGUGCCCACACUGACUGGCGGGGUAGGAGGGGUGCGCUUACUUAGCGGGGGUGUGAGGGGGACGAACAUGCCUCUCCUUGUGAGUAUGACCGCCGGCAGCACGGGCAUCCCUCUCUUCCCGGCUGGUUUGCCACCUGGUCGCUAUGUUAUUUUGCCCGGGACGUCUGCCACUACAAAGACAACCUGCGCAACCGUCAAUACCACCUCGGCGAGUAUGGCUCCGCGCCUGGCGACUGGGGUCUCUCCUCCCGUGGCAGCAACGGCAGCAGUGGCUGCCGUCGUUGGCCAGGCAACCUCUGUCGCUGCUGGUGCUGGUGCCGCCCCCGCCGUAGCAACUGCCAUGGCUGUGCGAAGCGUCACCCCGACCCUCCAGGUCCCCCCACGCCAACACACACGCGACAGAGGCAGAAGGAAGUCUUACACAACAGGCGAGAAAUUGGCCAUGAUCGAGGCAGUUGAGGCGGGUCAGAGGAAAAGCACAGUGGCCGAUCGCUUUGGCGUUGCGCCCUCCACCCUUGCCUGCAUACUCCUUCAAAAGCAUAAAAUUAGAGCCGAACAGGACAACCUCACCCGGCGUCGCUUCCGCCACGUCAAGUAUGCGGGAGAGGAAGGAGGGAGGCGCGUUGGCACCACCAGCCGGGCCCACACGAGUGUCACCCCCACCCUCCAGUCGCUGGCCCCCUCCCAGGACCAGCCGUUCACCCACUUCUUGGCCUCGCUCACUGGUCCUACGCCCGCCGUUAUUGACACCCAACCUGAGGAAAUUAUUACCGUGCCUGACCUGAUGGAGCGCAUCGACGGAGGAACGGGUAGCGACGAGGUAUCCGGCGGAGAAGGGCCCGACGGCAACGCCGGCGAAGGGAAGUCUCAGAGAGAGGGCGAAACUGAGGAAGAUGACGCCGAGAGCGGCGUGGAGUGCUUGGGCGUGGUGGAGGGGAGUGGUCCCUCGUCCAUGGACGUGGAGUACCAGCAGGGGAGCGCUUCCCCCCAUGACAAGCCCUCGUCCUCUUCCUCUGGCUUGUUUGCGCGACGCCGUCAUCCUUCGGCGCCUCAGGCACAGCCCGAUGAUGAUGCUGUCGAUGAUUCCUUCAAGCAAGACAUCUCGGACAGUGCGCCCUCUCCUACUUCGCAAGGUUUAACGGGGCCAUAUUUGCUAAAAAAAGAAGCACACUGCACCACGGUAUUAGACCAACUUCUCCGGGAUGACACUUUCACUGACGUCACUCUCACGGCAGAGGGCCAGAGUUUACGAGCUCACAGGAUCGUUCUUUGUUUAGCAAGUUCUUACUUUCGUCAAGUACUGAGCCGUGAACAGAAUGUGCAGAGUGUAGUGCUUCUCCGUGAUGUCAAGUUUGCAGAACUUCGUAACAUCAUCCAUUUUAUUUACACAGGAGAAGCAACUGUAGAUGCAACAGAUCUAGAGUCAUUUUUGAGGACAGCAGAAAUGUUAGAGAUUACUUCUCUGAGUGAAGGACAGAAGUACAUUUCAAGUCGUGGCCCUUCUCAGGUGGGAGCUGCUGCUGGUUUCAGUAUAGGUGAUUUUGAGCGCCUUGUAGGAGCAAAGAGGCCAAACAGGGAAGCACAGUCACCUCCAAGAAAGUCACAAAAAGUUUCAGGUGAAAGUUCAUCCUCAAGAUCUCCCUCAGCAGAACCUACUGCUAUUUCAUCGGUUCCUCUAGUGUUAAUGAAAGAAGACCCAGACAGUGAACCACCUUCCACAUCACAAGGCGAUCGAUCAAUGAAUGAAAAAUCCUCCUCAGAUAAUGUAACUUCUCAAGAAUCCAUUACUUCUGGCAUAGGCAAACCUGGCCGAGAAAUUGCUAAAGCUAGAAGGAGAAGAGAUUCAGCAGAAUCCAUAGGUGGUUUUGCAGCCAUAGCAGGUGUUCAAAAAGCUUCUGAGGUAGAUGAUGAAGUGUUUUCGCAAACACCAAAACCUGAAUGUCAACAGUUAGCAGAUCACGAUAAGUCACUCAACAGUGAAGCAAAUAAUAUCUCUUUACCUGGAAGGUGUCCUUACUGCCCACAUGUUAAUCAGAAGUUUGAGGGAGCACCAAUGAUGCGUCAUCUGUUGGUUUCUCACCCGUGCAAACCAGCUUUCCCUUGUCCAUGUUGUUGGAGGGUAUUUGUCAAAAGGUCACAUUUCAAGAGUCAUCUACUGAAUUGCCAACAGUCUUAUUAGUGUUAAUAUAUUGUAUAUAAUAAAUGUUUCAGGUGUUGUAUUUGGAAGGCUGUUUCCAAUUAUUUUGCGAUGUAUUCUGAAAUUAGCAAUCAAUUACUCUACAUAUAUGUCCAUUGCCUUAUGUGCCAAGACUACAAUACAUAUACAGAUGUGUAAAGUCUGUUUUGUUCUUUUACAUAUAUGCUUAGGGAUUCUCAAAGUUUAAGAUUCUGUUUCUUUACUGUAUUUUCCCUCUCCAUUGUUAUUUAGUGUCUAUUCUUAUGUUUGUAUAUUUGCAAAAUUUCUGGUUUUUCUACAUUAAGGAUGAGCUCUCUAAAGGUGAAAUUCCAUUUAGGUUGUCAGUUGGUGCUAUCUCUUCAGUGUCAGUGCCUGCAUUGUGAAUAAUUGAACAUGCUGACAGGUCCUGGAUUCUUUUCCUUCUUUCUGUAUCUUUUUUUACCUUGUGUGCGGAUUUAAGAAUUUGUAGGGAGGAUUAAUCAUUACCCUGGAUAGAAUAUUUUUGUGUUUUUACAUUUACUAAUCUUUUGGCCCACCAUGGCAUGCCUGUUUUUUCAGUAAGUAAAAAAGACAUUAGUAGUUUUAUUCAAGAGCUUUUUAGCCAUUGUCAAAUCAGUAUUUUAUUUAUGUUGAUAUUUUUGUCUAAUUCCAACUGCAACUCUUGUGAAGAUUGCUGUGGACAUGAACGAAGCCAUCAAGAUCACUUGUCAAGGGUAGUUGACUCAUCAGUGCUGCCCAUCUAAAUGAGAUUUACAUGAUUGUUCAGCCACAGGAUAUUACUUUCUGGAAGCAAGAUUUUAUCUCUAUUGAUUUAUCUAUAUAAUUUUCCGCUUUGUCUUAUGUAGACGUGGACCUGUGAAAAUUGUGGUUGGCAAGUUAAUGGUCUUUCAAGAUUAUUUCUUAGUAGUAAAGGAAUAUUUUGAAUAAUAUGGACAACAGAUUCCUAUGUAUCAUUUUGAUCUUGUGCUAGCAGUUUUGCAACCUUCCAUUUCUUUUAAAAUGGAAAAAAAAUGUUGCGCCUGAAGACUGAAUUUCACUGCUUACUACAUUUAAAAUCCCAAAAUCUUGCAGAUGAUCAGGCUUGGUAAGUAUAUUUGUCAUUUUCAGAUCUUGGGUUUUUGUUCAAUGGAUUGAAAACUCGCAUCAUCUUCAUAAGAAUAAAAAUUCUGGAAUUUCAUAUGAGGUAUCAUAACCAGCUUGCUUCAGCUACAGAGGUUCAUGUAAAACUAUGGUAAGAGAUUUUGGUAUUAUUUGAAAAUCUUAAUUGUUUGGUCUUUAGCUAUGUGUUUAUUUGUAAGUUUAGUUAAAAUGAAGAGAUUAUUUAUGUUCCCAUAUGCUCAAUGUUGAUAGAAAGAUAUUCUGUGCAAUUGUUGGUUGAAGUACUUGUUAAUUAAGUUGAAGUCAGUAAUUUGCCGACUAAUAUAAUUUAUGAACUAGCAAACCAUUUAUUUAGAUGUGUAAUUGCUUAUCCUGAAAUAUUGUAAUUUCAUGUAAGUAAAGUAAAAUAAGAAGUAUGACAUAGUGAUAUUAUUCAUUUCAUAUUAUUACAUAGUAAUAAAAAUAAUAGAACAAGCAAAGCUGUUACCAUAUUUCUUACAGGUUUUGAAUUUUUUCUAAGCUUGCAGUGUAGAAAAAUCAAGUACUACAGAGAUUAUUUUAGAUAAAACAGUCCUUAUACAGCAUUAGUUUAAACUUUUGUCUUUCAUAUCUGAAAUUCUGUUUAUAUAAUUUAAGAAUUUUUUUUCCCAAAAGGUUAUGUUCUGAAAAUGUUGAGGCAAACAAUAACUUGUAAUGUGAACACAUUGAUUUUAGGCAGCAGAAUUGUUUGAUUUGUAAAAUUGCAUAUGCAAAUACAUUACCAGGUAUAGUCACAUUUGAGUUACCAAUUUGUGUAGUACUACUCCUAGCUUCUUUACUGUACUACAAAUUCUGUAUAAUGUGAAAUUGAUAACAAGUGAAUUUUCCAGUGAAAGGGGGAAUGAGUAAAUCCUUGUCUUUCAGUACUGUAUUUAUUUCUUACAGUUUCCUUUACAAGUUACGUGAGUUCAGCUACUGCACCAAGAAAAUCUUUUGGGAAUAGAUAUCGUAAUUGUCCUUGCUUUUUAGGUCUUUACAGUACAAAAAAGAAAGUGAAGAGCUAAUGCCUUUGUAUAUCUAUCAGCAAAUUAGUGUUAGUGUUAAGUAUUUAAAGUAACUGAAAAUUUAUGUUUAUUAAUGGGAGAAGAAUGAAGUCUUCACCAAACUAGAAAGUGCAAUGAAUUUUAAACUACGGAUGUGCUGGUAGUUGAUGGGAUGUGCAAUUUACUGAAAUGCUUCAACCUGACAGUCCAGUGUAUGGUAAUCACAACUUUUAAGUUUUCUAUGUUGAUAUGUAAUUAACAAUAAAACUUUUUCAAAUGUA